UUGCACCGAUUCGGGCACAUAUAAUUCAACAUGCAACAGUGGAAGGGAUAGAAUAUCUGUUCACUACUCCUGAGUCGAUAGCGCAACACGUCCUCGAAGUCAAGUACUGCAAAUGAGGAAAGCUCCUGCUCUUGGGUCUAUCCCUCCUCCUCCUCCUAAUAUAUACAGUUUGGAAAAAGGCAUGAAAGUCGACCAUGAUACCUUCAAGCGUGCUACUACAUUUCUCCGAGGACUUGCAGAGGCUUAUCUGGAUACGUCCAAGUCAUAUAAGCAGCAAAGACAGGGAGCUCUUGACAAGUUCUAUCGCGAGGUAUGCUGUUAUCCCAUUGAUAACUCCUUCAUUUUAACUAAUAGCCGUCUUCAGGCCAACAAGUAUGAACUAUUCAGCUAUUACGAGGAUAGCUGGCCAAUCAAAAAAUGGUUGAAGAGCACACUUCGGAACAGAAUGAGGAUUAGAGACCGUCGUAGUACAGCCCGGAACGACCAUUUAUCGACUGUCAACGAAGUGAAUGACAAUGUGGAAGGGAACACAGAUGAGCCCGAUAUGUUAUCCCAGGCAACACGAAGGUCGACACGCCUGGCCAGCCUAAAGACCUCUAGGACAAGUGAGGUAUUGCCUUUGGCAGGGUCAUUGAACAACAGCCAGUUAAUCUCGAGGCAGUCACCAUUUGAAGCCACGUUCAAGUCCUUCCUCAGCUCGUGCGAGCCAAGCUUGAGCCAUCUUCUCGAUGCCUUCACAGUGGCUGGGAUCGACAAUGAGGCUUCCUUCCGCAGUUUAUGCAAGUGGAAGAAAGAUUAUCUCAAUUCUCUACUCAGUGAUCAUAUGCGCUUGACACAUUUCCAACAACUUCAGGUACAAAUUGUUCUUGACCAUUUGGAGGACUAGACGAGGCAGUCCUAAUGAAUCUAGCGGCACACAAGUUUGCAUGAUGUCGGUACAAUGUUUCCAUGUAGUCUAACAGUUCAAGCAACAUUGGUCUAUAGUCCGCACUCGAAUGCUCGAUAUGUUUGGCUGCCGACAAACAUUACGAAA